GCGAGCGCACAAGCCAGUGGAAAGUUUCGUCGUUACACAGUCUACGGUCGUCGUCGCGCAGCCAAGGGACAACACAAAGAAAUGGGUCGCCUAACAGUACUGUUACUCUGUCUGGCUCUUGUGGUAUCAGUUGUGGCCAGACGAGGAGGUGGCGGUAAAGGCGGAUUCAGUUGGGGGAAAAGUGGGGGAAGCUCAAACAAAGGUGGAAGCAGCACAGGAAGCCAAAGUGGCAGCAGCAGUAGCAAUAAAGGCACUUCAUCACAUGGGACACACUCGUCCCAUGGAAACUAUCCUCGCCAACCUCAAGCACCAAACCAGAAUCCACCCCCCUACCCUGGUACUGGAGGCGGGUAUCCGGGGCAGGGCAGAUAUCCACCAGCAGGCUCUAACCCAGGUCAAGGAUACCCUAACCAAGGAAGCUACCCAGGGCGUGGUGGUUACCCGGCCCAAGGUGGUUAUCCAGCUCAAGGUGGUUACCCGGCCCAAGGUGGUUAUCCACAAGGUAACUACCCAGGGCGUAGUGGUUACCCAGGACAAGGUGGUUACCCAGCUGGAGGCUCUUAUCCAGGUUAUCCAGUCCGGGGAGGUUCCAGCCCUAACCAGUUUGGUGGAGGUGUUGCAGGUGCAGGUGGAUAUCCAGCAGCGGCGCAAUAUCCUUAUUGGAACCCCAACAACAAAAUCAUGAGCCCAGGCUAUGGCGGCAACUACGGUAGUUAUGGGUACGGCGGCAGAUCACCUUUCGCCCAGUCAGUGCAUAACAUGGGUAUGGCCCCUUCAUAUAAAUCAAAGGGGUUUGGCAAGCAGGCUAUUUUGGCUGCUGGUGCUGGGGCGGUGGCUGGUAUGGCUGUGGGAUAUGGCCUCGGAAGUUUCCCUCGCCCCCGUUUCAAUUUCCACAGCCCGCAAGAGGAAUACUACUACAAUCACUACAUGUACAGACGUUACGGCCAAACUCCCCCUGACAGUAACGUGAAUGGAAACUCUAACACUCAAGGUGGAAAUCCAGGCAAUGCAGGAUCGGCCUCUGCGGGACAAGGAAACGUUAACCCUCAUGACAUCUUCCAGAAUCCUCCACCGCAGUCCUAUGAUAGCUUCAUGGACAAGUGUGUGAAGAGGACAGACUUGCUCCGAGAGAAACCAGAAGGAAGAUCGAGGAGAUCCACUGACUUUGUUGAGGCUCAAGCAGCAGAAGUAGCCGAUGAUCCUACUGGUGCUCAAGAAAACGCCACAAGCAACAACAGCACUGCAGAAAGGGACACAUCCGGAAGCUCUUUAUUUGUAACCUCAAAGCCGCCCGAAACACACAGUCAACCUCAAGAGCAGACCCAGGAAAGAAAAGCAGAAGCUGACGGUGAUGAAGACGACACUGUUAGCAUUAUGGAGAUCAGCUAUCCUGCGCUCAUUAAGCAAAUGAAAGCACGACGUUGUGUCGAGCUGUACAUGGUCUAUGCGGAAAAGCAUGCAGAAAAACAGGUGCAGGAUCGCCGUAACCUAGAUGAUAAAACCAGCAAUAGUGGCGGUGACUUACCUGGACCCUUUGGGCAUGGAGUCAUGCUACUCUUUACUAGCAUUCUGUCGCUCAUCUUCAUUUCCCUUCUACACUGAUAUUCUGGAAAAGGUUACAC